UUUCUUUCACCAGCUUGGAAAUUCAUUUGCUGCUUCUUGUUUUGCGGAUUUGUGCCCGGUCAAGGAAUGGAAUGAGAUUGGCAUGGCCAAGCUCUUGCUAAAGUUCCAAAGGUAUUUUCGGCGGAAACCCAUCCGGUUCUUCACGUUGAUCGCCCUCUACCUGACCGCCGGAAGCUUAGUGUUCCUCCACGCUGGCUUCUCCGGAGAGACGAGAGUCUCAGGGAAUGUACCCAACAUCAACAAUGGUGCUGGUGUUGGGACCGAAUCCCAGUAUUUGGGAACGCUACAACUUGGCAGGGAAUUUAAAGAAGUGCCAGAAUCUUUGACAACAGCCCGGAGGUAUGGGACCUGGUUUAAGAACCCUUCCAAGGACACACCCGGGAGGAGCAAAGUAGGAGAUUAUGGUGGCGCAUGGAGUAGAGCUCUCAAGGGGAGGAACAUCCGAGAGAAGGAGGAAGACAAAGCAAAAUACAUUGGCUGUUACGUAGACAACACGCACCGGAGAGCUCUCCGCGGAGUGUCCUUCUUUGACUACAAAAAAAUGACAUUGUUCCGUUGCCAGGACAACUGUGCCGAACGGGGUUACCUCUACGCGGGGCUGGAGUUUGGGGCGGAAUGCUACUGCGGGCACAAAAUCCAGGCCGCCAACGUCAGCGACGCCGAGUGCAACAUGGAGUGUAAGGGAGAAAGGAGCAACAUUUGCGGCGGCGUGAACCGGCUCUCCAUCUACCGCCUGGAGCUGGCCCAAGAGUCUGCGCGGAGGUAUGGCAGCGCCAUUUUCCGUGGAUGCUUCCGACGGCCGGAGAACAUCUCCUUGGCUUUGCCGGCCAGCGGAGUCAUGACAAACAUGUCUGUGGACCGAUGCGUCGACUUCUGCAUGGGGAAAGAAUACCCCCUCGCGGCGCUAGCAGGAACCUCCUGCCACUGUGGCUUUCCCACCACGCUCUUCACCUUGCACGAGCGGGAAGACGAGCAGCUCUGUGCCCAGAAAUGCAGCGGGGAAGAGUUCGAAAGCUGCGGCACCGCCCAGUAUUUCAUCGUGUACCAGACCCAAGUGCAAGACAACCGGUGUAUGGACAGGAGGUUUUUAACGGCUCGGGCCAAACAGUUUGUGGCUCUUGCGAGCUUUCCCGGGGCGGGGAACACUUGGGCUCGGCACCUCAUUGAGCUCGCCACCGGCUUCUACACCGGCAGCUACUACUUCGAUGGCUCUCUGUACAACAAAGGCUUCAAAGGCGAACGGGACCACUGGCGGAGCGGACGGACGAUCUGCAUCAAAACCCACGAGAGCGGGCAGAAAGAAAUUGAGGCGUUCGACUCGGCCAUCUUGCUGGUCCGCAACCCGUACAAAGCGCUCAUGGCCGAAUUCAACCGCAAAUAUGGCGGCCACAUCGGCUUUGCUUCUCACGCCCACUGGAAAGGAAAGGAAUGGCCCGAGUUCGUCAAGAACUACGCCCCCUGGUGGGCGACGCACACCCUCGACUGGCUCAAGUACGGCAAAAACGUCCUGGUGGUGCAUUUCGAGGACCUGAAGCAAGACCUCUUUAUCCAGCUCAAGAGGAUGGUCAGCCUGCUGGGCAUCGCGGUCCUGGAGGACCGGCUCUUGUGCGUCGAGGGCCAGAAGGACGGGAACUUCAAACGAUCCGGGCUGAGGAAGCUGGAGUACGACCCUUACACGCCCGAGAUGAGGAGGACAAUCAACGGUUACAUCAAAACGGUGGACAAGGCUCUGAAAGUCAGAAACCUCACAGGGGUGCCAGAAGACUACUAUCCGAGAUGAUGGUCGUGUUGGA